AGGAUCUCCAUGCGUAGGUCACAGAUCGAUCCAGAUUGACAAACUAGAUUUAUUCCCUCUUCUCCCCUGCUAGUAACAACGCCUACCCCCGAAAGUAAAUGCAGAAGCCUCCAAGCCCAUUUCCUUCUGUGAAUGGAUUCCCCCCCGUCGGCCGCGUGGUCGUUCUUUCGUGAUGACGUCUAGAAGAAGUAGCCAAGUGGUUGUGAAAUGGCAUGUAGGUUCAAAGUAGAGGAGUGCGUGAAAACCGAAAGAAAGAUCAAGAUGUCGGCAGGACCUUCUCCUCCGUCUUGCACGCGGCACCAGGUGCUGGUCAGCAUGGCAAACCCAAACAGUUCCGGGAACUACACGUCGUCGACGUCUUCGGGUCCGUUUUCACGGUCUCCCGCUCGAGCUACAAUUUUUACGUUGGUCCUUCUGUGCGAUCAUGUUUCUCCCCCGCGGCCCUGCCGUGCCAUCACAAUGAUGUUGCACAACAAGAAGAAAGUAGCAUUAGCAACGAAAAUGACAACGAAAAUUGAACUUUUUUUAGCCGGUACGAAGAAGAGCGAGGUACAACGUAAAGGAACAAAGGCCGGAAUUAAUCAUAUGCGGAGUAAAAAAGCAGGUAAAGCGACUUCUGGGUCCUCAUCUGAAAAGAUGACGCAAAAGGAACAAGUAGCUGGCACUUCUACUGCAGCAACGAAGUUGUACAAGGUUGGAAGAAGAGGCAAAAGAGUUGGAGCGGCCACUUCUAAAAGAACAACAUCAAGAAAGAAAAAUAAGAACCAAUCGUCCUCCUCGAUGAAAUUGUCCCCCCACGCCGCUGCAUCCGCCAUGGUCGCUAAGCGAACCAGUACCGACCACUGCCCCGAGGCGUUUCUGACCAAGAUUGACUACGUCAGCUUUGAUCUGGAUGUCCCAGACGCGAGCGAAUGGGAGACUUCUAAAGUAGACGACUACUGUUGGAAACGGGAUUAUCUCGCAAAAGGGUACAGCAUUACUUCGAACCGGCGGUGUAUCAACUGUAAAAAUGUCUUGGUCUGGAAAGUUGUGAUGCUGGGUGGCGUAUCAUGAGGAGGCCACAAGUGCUGGCUCAGCAUGACAAGUUUCUGAGCUUCUAGGUGUUGCUUAUUCUGCACGACAAAGUGCGCUUCUGCAUCACAGAAAAACGGAGCUCUUGGGUAACGUGCAUGACAGAUUUAGGAGUCAUGCCAGACAAGCAUGACAAACAUGAUUUCAUCCGGACCCAGACAUUUUUACAAUUGAUACGGUGUCGGGAAAAGUGCCACGAGAGGGAAGGGUGCGACGUCUGGAGUUUCCAGCGGAACGUGACGGCCGACGAGGAGAACCGUUGCGUUAUCGGUGGCGGCUGGAGCCCUCGGUGGCGGAAAAAGCAAUUGGAUACAGCAGCAAUAGUUCCCGAGUGCAAUUGGCAACGAACCGAGCACAGCACAAGCGAUAAUUUAGAUGCAAUGGGCGGAGUUUGCCACCCCUGGGCGACCUGCGGCUUCAUGUUCGGCGAGAACGAGGCUUUUCAAUGCAACGAUGGCGGUGACAAUCAAAACUUUAUUUUCCUCCCCAACCACGAGUGCAAUCUUGGGUCGACUUGGGAAAAAUGCAAAGCCCGAUGCUGUCUCAAAACCAGUGAAGCAGCGACUGGAAUUCCGCCAAUUCCCGAUUUCUACCGGAUCUACGAUAACAUCCCAAGACAGAAAACCCAAAGAAUUCGCGUGUUAUUCGUCGGGAACAGCCUCACCGUGGGGCAAUCGUCGAAAUUAGAACUCGGAAAAAACCGCGCGGGGUUGCCGAGGUAUGUGCAAUUGUUAGCGGAGUCGGUUAACGAGAGAUUAGACGUCGACGAGGACACGGCUGGUUCUACCACUAUCCACAUGAAGGCCCACAACGCGUUUUUGGCUGGUUUUACCGAUUUUCGCACAAAGUGCGCAUUUGCACCGGAAACCCUGGAUGACGCGGGGAAUUCCAGGCACAAUUCCCUAGGUUGCCCGCAAAAGGGGAUGGGAACUUCUGCGGAUUGGUACGACACGGAGCUUUUCUUGGAAAAAGAAUACGUCCAAAGCCGGUACGAUAUUAUCUCUUUACAAGAGCAGUCAGACAAUGCCGGGUUUACGACCUCAGCUGAGCAUUUCUACCAGUCCAGUGUCGAGUUCUACCAGGCGCAAUUUCCGGAGGCUUUGAUCGUUUCCCACAUGCCACACGGCGAGAGAGAGCCGGAUGCGAAUUCCAAGAAGAUCUACUACAAAAACUGCCCGGGUGUAGAAACUAAAUCCAGUGCUUAUUUCGAAAAAGGGGCGGAUUGGCCAAAGGAGGGCACCAACUUUGACUUCAAAAACAUCCAACCACUUCAGAAUAAGUACAAGAGAAACAGCGAGCUAAAAUGCCGCGUCUACCCGUCCAUUGGCUACGGAAAGUACGCGACUCAGAAUCACGCGUGUUGGAAUUACAGCCUAUUUCGGAACAGCGCCCACAGUUUGAUGCACGGGGCAGGGGCUUUCGUGCCAGCUGGACUAGCGGUUCACAUCGCGAGAAAAGCGGAUAGAGUCACGAUGAAUGCCGAUGAUUUGGAAACCUGCGACGAAGACAUGGACAGCCGGUGGUGGAACAAGCACGAAAAAGUUCAAGAGAGUUCCGAGCACUUCCAGGCCUUUCAUAAAAACGGGUACGACAACGGCGAGACCUUCGAUUUCAACGUGGGCGAGCGCAGGCUGCAAGGGUUGAAUCACAAAGGGAGAAAACAAACGAAAUAUUUGAACUCUUUAUUCCAGCCGUUAGACGAAAAGAUCCUCGACCAAUUUCGCUACAACGUUUUGCACAAGCCGAGUGCUGAGUGGGUGGCUAAUAACCUCGCUUUCUCGGAUGAUGAGCUGUUCGUCGACCAUAUUCAUUUGACGGAUUUAGGGCAGUACAUCGUCGCUUGUACCUGGGUUGCCGUGGUCUUGAAAAAAGACUUGAGUUUUCUGUGCGAGAAUAAUAAUAUCUCUAACUCCUGCUGGCGGCCGGAAAGCGUGUCAGAGGCGGAUGCGGGGAAGGUGUACAGAAUUGUGAAUCGGGUUUUGAGUCGUGUGGGCGAACAAAGCGGCGCCACCGGACAAGUUCAGACCUACGACCCCUGUUCUACCUGGAGUAACCGCGAACGCUGCGGAACAGUUGGGUACUACCAUUCCGAGUGGGCAACGACCGUCGCGGUGGCGAAGUUAGAACAACAAGCGCAAGACCACCCGUUCGCCAACCGGUGCACCGGCGACGCGUCGCGGAAAUCAACGCAAAUCGCCGGGUCGCCGAGCUGCCAGAAAGGGAUUUGCGAAGCUUCGACUGUCACGACGCUGAGUUCCUGUUUCUGGGGAAGCGGGAACGAAAUGGGGAAGGACUGUGGGUGUUACGAUAAAACCGGUGAGUUUGUCCCGGUCUACGAGGAGAGACUUGUUUCACCAGACGGUGGUGGCUUGGUAAACUACGAAGACGGCCCUGCUUACUCCGUCCCGACCACUUGUGACCAGGUGGAAAAUGGAAAUAAAGCUCUCUGUGAAUCGGUAAAGGAUUUUUCGGAUGGAAGCCGGCUGUGCUCCAUGUUAGAGGAUGUUUGCGAAGCCGGUCUCUACAACUGCGUCGACGCAACCACGGAAACACAGUGCACGAAAAUCCUCCAAUUUAGCAAUUACGGGGGGCCGAAGUGCAAUUGGGAUAGCGGCGCAGGGAUUUGCGUCGACCCACUUGAAGUAGAUCCGUCACCUGGAUGCGCAAUUGGAAAAACCCAGGAACAAUGCGAGCAAAUAGUAACGGUCCACUACCAGCGGCAGUGCGAGUGGAUCGCGGGAAGUUCCAAUUGUGAAGAAAAAGAGACUUUAACCGUCCCGGAAUGCGCGGACCAACUUGAUCGAAACGCCUGUGAAACGGUGCCGAGCGACGAUGGUGGUUCAACAUCCAACAACUCUGGGCUCCUCAAAUGCGAAUGGCACGGGCUGAACCAAAACCCCAACACCCCCUGCCAACCCCUCGGCUCCUGGGCGGUUGUUUGUGCAGCGAAGACAGUGGAAGAGUGCGAAACCGUGAAAGGGGAAGAUGUAUCAGAUGCAAAUAUGUCUGGGUCUGGAAGGCUGGAAGACUUGUCAUGCAGGUUUUCCAUGACGCGUGAGGUCUGUCAUACAUCACCUAGCAUGACAGAUUCUGUCCGGCGUCUAUCAUGCCUCGUCUGCAUGAGAAACUCCCUCCCAGCUUGGUCAAAAGUGAGGAGCUUUUGGCAAUCAUGCAACACAGAUUUUUGCACUAUCCAGAAUUAGCAUGACAAAGACAAGCUGCAUCCUUCCAGACCCAGACAUCUUUGCAUUGCAUAAGAUGGGGAAGAGCAGUGCACAAUCGUUAUGUCCGCUUCGUUCUCCGGGUCGCCUAGCUGUCAAGCGAAAAACGCGCCGAUGAAGGAGAACCUGUGUCUGGGGAAAGAUGAAUCCGAGGAAGAGUGUAAAGCGGUGACAGACGCAGAGGGGAAGGAAAUUUGUCACAUGGUAGAAAAAGCAGUCGAGGACACUAAUAACGUUAACGAUAACGGUGCUGAACCAUUGAAGACUUGCGAGCCCAUCGCUCUCUCGUCGAGCUCGGGCGGGGGUGGAGACUCCAGUGCACCGGCAAGCAGCAAAAAGUGCGCGGAACAGGUGAGCAAAGGCGCGUGUGAAGCAUUACUAUGCAAUGUAAAUUUCCUGUACAUGUACAAAAUGCAUGACAAAUUUCGCUAACUUGCAGUGUCCAACUUGUCAUGCUAGACUAGGAUUGAAGGCAAGUUUUGUCAUGCAGAGACUGCAUUUGUACGUGUACGGGAAAUUUAAUGUGGAUAAUUACCACAGUGCGUUUACGACGAGGAGCACGAGACCUGUGAGACCCCCCUGGUGGUAUCCUGUGCAAAAGUAUCGUACUCGUAUUGCAAUCAUGCAUUACAAAUUUUUUUCUCAAGGUAAAUCCGCAAUACAAGUUUAAUUUUUCAUGCUGAGGACAUUUGUAAUGCAUUUAUACGAGUGCGAUACUUUUGCAAUGCAUACGUGGUGCUGCCCGACGAAAGACCUGAAUCGGCCGAGGAUGCGGCGUGCUGUCAGGGAGGGGGUGCGGGGGCGGCAAAUUUCGUGCCGAUUGAAGAAGAAUAGAUCUGCAUAAGCCUGUAAACUUCGAUUUAUGCUUUAGGUGUCAAGUUUUACUUUUAUCGUGAGAACUUCUGGUGCCUCUACAGUCACUUAUUUAAUACACUAGUUGUACCACAGCGUCUACCCAUUGAGCUGUGCUCAUGAUCCACCCCAUUCCUUGUACUAAGUGUAUGUUACUAGUUUUGUCACACCGUAAUUGUCAACGUUGACGUGUUCCGCCGCGUUAUCAAUACGAACAAAACUUCCAAACACAAUAAAAGCGCAUGUCAUCUGGUAACCAAAAAAUCAUCUCCCAUCUUUCAAAUGAAAAUCACUAGUAAAAACUGCGUCGCUGCUGCAGCUUGCUUCGUUACGGCGGCUUAAACAGGUGUUGUUAGUUUCUUUAUCCGUUCUAGUAGGCUGCGAAAGACAAGUUUUUUUUUCGUGGUAAGCGAAAGUGAAUAUAAUCGUGAG